AAUCUUGGAAAUCAAUCUACAAAAACUGAAUAAGUGGAAAAUACAGUCUCACACAUUUCAAAGAUUUCUUGGAAAACUAGUGAAGGGAAAAUUUUGAAACUUUUUGCAUGUAAAAAGGAAGGUGAGAAGCUCAUUUUUCCAAAGUUUCAAAUUUUUCUAGUAAAAAAUAACAACAUGAAAAAUCUUGGAAAUCAAUCUACAAAAACUGAAUAAGUGGAAAAUACAGUCUCACACAUUUCAAAGAUUUCCUGGAAAACUAGUGAAGGGAAAAUUUUAAAACUUUUUGCAUGUGAAGAAGAAGCAGCAGCGACGCUUAGAAGUGUGGUACCUACUGCCCGCGCGAAAUCUCUGUGAAGCAAUCGCAGUACCACUAUACACGGCGGUACGGUACUAUAAUACUACCUAACACAUUGUGUAUAUCGAUUAGAAAAAUGACCGAAGAAGUACCCGCAACGAGGUACGACUUGCCUCUAAAACAACUCAAUAGAAUCGCGAAACGGCCUCCGGUCGAUAUCGAGUUUCAGGAUUUGGUUUAUUCAGUUAGGGAUUCUUAUACUGGGACCGGAUGGCGUCAGCUUUUGAAAUCAAUCAAUGGGAAAUUUCGGUCUGGAGAAUUGACCGCUAUUAUGGGACCAUCGGGGGCUGGAAAGAGUACUUUGUUAAAUAUAUUGGCUGGAUAUGUAACGGCAGGAGUAAAAGGCAUGAUCAAAAUCAACGACCGUCCACGCCAAAUGAAACAAUUUAACAAAAUCUCCGCCUACAUAAUGCAAGAGGACAUGAUCCAACCGAGACUUACCGUUGAAGAAUCCAUGAUGUUUGCAGCCAGAUUGAAACUUGGACCCGAAAUCGGCCAAUCUGCAAAAGAAGAAGUUGUGCUUGAAGUAAUCCAGCUUCUAGGGUUGGAAAAGUGCUACAAAACACGAAGCGAGUUUUUGUCUGGGGGACAAAGAAGACGACUUGCAGUAGCUUUGGAGUUAGUUAACAAUCCGCCUGUGAUUUUUUUGGAUGAACCAACAACUGGAUUGGAUAAUGUAGCCAUCAAACAAUGCAUAGAAUUGCUUAAGAAAAUUACCAAAUUGGACAGGACUGUGAUUUGUACCAUACACCAACCUCCUGCGUCGUUGUUUCAAAAUUUUGACCAGGUUUACGUAUUGGCAAAAGGAAACUGCGUUUACAAUGGAUCACCUGAAAAGUUGGUGCCUUUUUUGGCUCAAGCCAAUUUCCCGUGUCCUUCUACUUACACUCCGGCCGAUUAUGUCAUUGAAAUAAUCCAAUCGCAUCCAGAAUCUAUAAAUUUGAUGACGAGUAUUAUACAAAAUGGUAAAACCAAUAUGAUGAUUAGAAAGGAGGAAAUGUUGUCGACAAUGGGACAGGAAAUUGUGGAAAUUGCUACUGUAGCUACAAGUAAGGACAACUCCAAUCCAGACCAAGCAGACAUCAUCUUCCCCCUAUCAGUUUGGGGCCAACUCAUCAUCCUCCUAUCCAGAACCUACUUGCAAAUGCUCCGCCACCGCAGCGUAAUGCUCAUCCAGAUAAUCCACCAUUUAUGCUCCGGCCUUUUAAUAGGAGGCAUCUUUUUCAAAUUGGGAAACGACGCCAGCCAAACCAUGGCUAUUUUCAAGUACAUAAUCAGCGUUAAUGUGUUCUUUAUGUACACUUAUGUAAUGGUACCUGUACUUGUUUUUCCUAUUGAAGUAAAACUAAUGAAACGUGAAUAUUUCAAUAGAUGGUACAGUCUAAAGGCCUAUUAUAUGGCAUUUACAAUUGCCUCUUUGCCUUUGAUGAUUUUAUGCAGCAUAAUGUUCCUUGUAAUUGUGUAUUUUUUAACUAAUCAACCCCUAGAUUUGGACAGGUUUUUGUGGUUCUCUGCUUUGAGUAUUGUUGUAGGCCUCACCUCACAAGGCCUUGGCUACUUUAUCGGCUCAAUUUUUAGCAUAACUAAUGGUUCUGUUGUUGGUUCUUCAGCUCUGGCGCCUCUAUUAGCUUUGGCAUGUUAUGGAAUGGGAUAUAGAGCUGCAAUAGAGCCAGUAAUGAAGGUCAUUAUAAGUUUUAGCUAUUUGAGGUUUGGAGUUGUAGGCCUUAGUACAGCUCUAUUUAAAAACAGAGAGCUUAUGAAUUGUCCAGAGGAUAUUGUUUAUUGUCAUUAUAAAAAUCCAGAGGCAUUAUUGAAAGACAUGGGUAUGCUGGAAGAAGACUACAAGAUUCAGUUUUAUAUUAUUCUGGCCUACUUGGUACUGUUUAGGGUAUUGGCCUAUUGCUCCUUGAAGUACCGUUUGACGUCGGAACUGCGCAACACCAUUGUUUUCUAUGCGGCCAAAAUUGUCAGGCAAAAAGAAUGAAUUUAGAUUUUUAAAUUUAUUUAUGUAUCCUAUUCACAAUAUGUAGUCCAAAUGCAAAUGUACAGGUAAAUGUAUCACCUUUCCCUAUCAAAGAGCAUUGAAAGGUGAUACAUUUUACCUGUACCUUUGGACUACAGAUUGUGAAUAGACAAUAUAUGUACUUGCCAGUUAUUGUUAUUUUAGUAUUAAUUGUGAUAUAUAUUUUUUUGUUUUGUUAAUAAAACCAUUUUUUAAUUACUUAUGUAUGAUCACAGUAUUAUUUAUUCAUCAAACUUUUUCCAUUUGUAACAUUUGCUCUUCCUCCUCGUCUCCACCCCUAUCACUUUUAUUAUUAACAGGAUUUUGCGAAUACAAAUAAAUAGCAUACAUUACAGUACAAAUACUCAAAAUAGUAUUCAAAUAAAUAGGAAUUCCAAAUAAUACAAGUGAUAAUACUGCAGUCAAAAUCAAUUCCAACGCACUUGCAAAAGUUUUCAAUAUAGAAUUUAAAGUUUUCAAAAACAAACUGGUAACAAUACCUACUAUAGCAUUAUUAAGCAUCACUAAAAGUACCUUAUAAUGCAAAACUUUCACUAAAUUAUCAUACAAAAACGCAGUAGCAAUUGACCCAUUCACCGACAACAAGGCAACAUUGCAAAUAAUCGAAUCCAAAUACAUAAAAACAUUUUGCACGAAAAUAUUAACAUCGUUGCCUUGAUUCUUUAACAAAUACUCAUUAUAUACACCAGCAAAACAAGAACAAACAAUUUGUAUAAAUAUUAAUACAGUUCCUAAACUUAAGGCUAAAGAUUGGGAUUUGGUGGUUGUUUCUUCUUGAGGUUGGUUCAUGGGGAUUUGCUUUAGCAUGCAGCCUAUUGUCAGGAUUAUUAGAGAGAGCCAUUGCUUUUUGCUGAGGAGUUUGUUGAAAAUUAGCU